AUGAGGCUCGGCGUACUGGGAGCGGCGAUAUCGCUGCUGCUCGGCACCUCAUUAGCAGAGUCCAACCUCACCACACCGCAAUCGACCCGACAAAUACUGCAGGGAGACUUCAAGCCUCCGCAGGUAUGGGAGAACGCCAACCUGGUGCGCAACACCAAUCUUGAGAAAAGCUAUGUCCGCGAGACAGUGAAUCUGGUUAUCAAGAAUACGGACAAGUCGCCACAGUCUGAAUACUACUUCCCAUUUGAUUACGAUGUCAUUGGCAAUGUUGGAGGGUUUGAGGUGCGGAAUCGCAACGACGACACCAAGACCAAGUUCAAGGUGACUACCGCAGCGCUGGCUGCUGUACUGGACGGAGAUGUGUCAUCGAAGCCUACGCAGUACUUCGUCAUUCACCUCCCGACGCCUGUCCAAUCCGAGGACUCGAUUACACUCUCCAUCUCCUACCACCUCCUCAACUCCCUCAUGCCCCUCCCGGCAGCCAUCAAGCAAGAUGAGAAGCAGUAUCUGACAUACUCCUUCUCCGCCUAUUUCCCUUCCGCUUAUCCAACCCUCAAGCAGAAGACGAAGCUUAAAAGCCCCUCAGCCGAUGUGCCGGAGUAUAGCACGACCAAGGGCCUUACAAAGUCCGCCGAUCCCACCAAGGAGGGCUCUGCGCUGACCUACGGGCCAUACGACACUACUACACCACCGUUUACUUCUCAUCCUGUGACCGUUCGCUACGAGUUCACCAAACCCGUUCUGCUAUCCACCACCCUCAGCCGUUCCCUCGAGGUCUCCCACUGGGGUGGUAACCUAGCUACAGAAGACCACUACGCGCUCACCAACACCGGCGCUCACCUCUCGAAUCACUUCAGCCGCGUUUCUUGGGCCACCCAGAACUUCUACGUCCAAUCCAACCAGAUAUCCACCCCUGCCCUACGCCAACUCAACCUCGCCCUUCCUGCCCUGUCCGCGGACCCCUACUACACGGACGACAUCGGCAACGUAUCCACCUCUCGUUUCCGACCCACACCCCGCACCUCGCCCACCCGCCCAGCGAACCUGGAGCUCAAGCCGCGCUACCCGCUGUUCGGCGGAUGGAACUACACCUUCCGCAUCGGCUGGAACGCGCCUCUGAGCAGCUACGUGCGCGCCCUGGCCGCCAAGCCGUCAACAUACGUCCUACGCGCCCCACUACUAAGCCCGCCCGUUAAUCCAGAAGGUCUCUCCAUCGGCGCCUACUCCCUCGACGUCCUCCUCCCCGAAGGCGCCACAAUCCAGUCCCACGAGAUCGUCGGCCCCUCCCUCCCCGACUUCGAAGUCGAAGAAGGCACCACCAAGACCUUUAUGGACACCACACUGGGCCGCACGCGCCUGACCCUCAAGGCCAGAAAUGUGGUAGACGAGAUCCGUGACGCCGAGCUGCUGGUCACGUAUGAAUACACGACCGCGGCGGCGCUGCGCAAACCCCUCUCCAUCGUUGCGGGCUUCGUGGCCGUCUUUGUCGUCCUGUGGGCCGUGGGCCAGCUGGAUACGAGUAUUGGGAAGAAGAAGGUUGCGUGA